AUUUUGUAACGACAAUGUCGUCAUCAAGUGCUAUUUUGUCUGCUAAUCCUCCUGUGCGACAAAAAUAUGUAAAACUCUUUGGUUCCAUAUUGGCAGUCAAUGGUCAAACUUCUAUGGUCGUAAAGGACCGGAACACUAGAAAAGAUUUUGUUGGAGAACGAAAUAACAACAAGCUCAUCCAAAACCCACGAGUGAAUUUGCUCCCACAAAAUUACAUGAAGACUUUGUCACAAGGGACCCUGCUUGUACCAAGUAGGUCUGAACCCAACAAUGCUACUAUGCAUCAGUCUGCUGCACACGGUCAGGAUGCUCCACAACCUGGGCAGAUGAACGUUUACGGGAAGCUCACUAUAGAACCUGAUGGUUUUCGGUACGAUUUAUCUAUUUUUACAUCUUAUAAUUACGUUUAUGUGUUAAUUCAUGAAUUUAACCUCUGA